AUGAAGUUUGACAACAUACUCUCAGAAAUUGGCGGGGUUGGAAAAUUCCAAAUUAAGUUAAUCUUGAUCCAGGUCCUAUCUCGAAUCACACUGCCUUGUCACUUCCUGCUGAAUAACUUCAUGGCGGGGGUUCCCUCUCACCACUGCAACAUCAGCACUCUGGAUAACUUAAACAUCUCCUCAAAUUUAACUUGGGAACAGAAGCUGGCCAUUGGUAUUCCAACAGAGAUGGAUGGGACUCUGAGCUCCUGUCUGAUGUUCUCCAAGCCUCGACUUCCACGCCUGUUGAACAGCAGUGGGGAGCCAUCGGUUGUUCACUGUCAAAAUGGAUGGGUGUACAGCAAAAGAGAUUUUAAAUCAACAUUGGCAACAGAGUGGGAUCUGGUGUGCAGCAGGAAAGGUAUGAAUAAGGCAACGGCCACCAUCUUCUUCACUGGUGUUAUGUUAGGAGCCCCUUUGUUUGGAUAUCUUAGUGACAGGUUUGGGAGACGACGGCUGCUCCUGGUGUCCUAUCUGACAACCAUGACAUUUGCCGUGCUAAGUGCACUCUCCACGUCUUACGUAAUGUUUGUAAUUAUGCGUUUUUUUACUGGGAUGUCAAUUUCUGGAAUAAGUAUCAUCUCUAUUGUUCUAAAUACAGAGUGGUUGGGCGUGGAACAGAGGACUCUCUUUGGUGUAAUCUUCAGCCUUGAUUGGACACUUGGAAACGCCAUACUGGUUGGAAUUGCACACAUGAUAAAUGAGUGGAGGCUUCUCAUUCUGGUCGUGACCUCGCCCCUGAUAUUGGCCCUGGUUGCUUGGAGGUGGCUUCCAGAGUCUGGGAGGUGGCUCGUGGCUAAUGGGAAGGUCGAUGAUGCCCAUUAUUACAUUAAUCAGUGUGCAGAAAUGAACAACAGAAGCAAGUGCAUGGCCAACAUCACGCCAAGGAUGUUACUGGAAUCUGUGGACACUGACGCCGAUGACAACAAGUACACUUUUGUUGAUCUUUUCAAAACAGCAAACAUGAGGAAACUUGCCAUAUGCUCUGGGAUUGUAUGGUUCGGAGUGGCGUUUACUUACUAUGGGAUAACUCUCAAUAUCAGCGGGUUUGGAUUAAACCUGUACCUGACUCAAUUCAUAUUUGCAAUAAUCGAACUGCCAAUGAAAAUUGGCCUUUAUUUCUUAUUGGAAAAUAUUGGGAAAAGGCUGGCUCAGGCAGGAACCUUGUUGUCGACCGGACUCUUCCUUUUCAUCAACUUGUUUGUCUCGAAAGAUAAGUGGGUCAUUCGUACGAUUGUCGGACUCCUAGGCAAAGCCGUGUCAGAAGCGUCAUUCACGAUCAUAUUCUUCUACACAAUUGAACUAUAUCCCACAGUCAUACGACAGAACGGUGUAGGCUACACUUCCUUUGUGGCGCGACUGGCUGUGUCCACAUCGCCGCUGAUUAUGCUUCUUGAGGAUCUUUGGCCUCUCCUCCCCCCUAUGAUUUACUGCGGAAUGGCGGUCCUGUCUGGUUUCGUGGCGUUGCUCCUGCCUGAAACACAAUAUACCAGAAUGCCCGAGUUCAUUGAAGAUAUUGACAAACCAAGGGAGAAAUUAUCAAGGGGGAAGACAAUCUAA